CCAAAAAUCCUUACAGCAUCGCCAAGUGUCCGUUAUCAUUCUUCCUUUACGCGAUAUUGUUUCAGAAGUUGUGUUUAUAUUUUCUACCCGGCAGAUCUGAUCACAGAAUGGGAAUUCCCGACGAAGACUUUGACUCUGGAGACGCUCUCUUUGACGACAUUGAUGAAGAUGACCUCAUCUUUGACGCGCUUGAGGAGGCGGGAAUGAUGAAUCCGCCUAAGAAGCAUAGCAGAGGCAAAGAGAACGACAUUCAAGACAUAGCGCCUGCUAAAAAAGCACGACAUGGUUCCCUCAGUCUUAAGGAAAGUAGUUCUAAUGGCCGACUUGGCGAGACACAACGUAUUCAGCUUGCGCGAAAGUUAUUGGCCGACAAAUUUGGCUACAGAGAGUUUCGCCAUGAGCAAGAGGCCGCCAUCGCCAGACUUCUGGAUGGCGACAAUGCACUUGUUGUCUUCCCCACAGGUGCCGGAAAGUCACUUUGCUAUCAGAUUCCUGCCAUCGCGUUUCCAGAAGUAGACCGCCAGACCAAAGCACGACAGGCCAACGACUCGGGUAUUACCAUCGUCGUUUCGCCCCUCAUUGCUCUGAUGAAGGACCAAGUUGAUGCGCUCAAGCGGAGGAGCAUCGCAGCAGAGUGCAUGGACUCCACGAAAAGUUGGGAUGAAAUCCAGAAGAUCAACAAGGAUCUCCGAGAGGGACAACUGCGCCUGUUGUACUGCGCUCCUGAGCGCCUCAACAACGAAGGGUUCGUUGAGACAAUGAAGCGAGUCAAGGGAGGGGUUAGAAUGAUUGGCGUGGACGAAGCCCACUGCAUCUCAGAGUGGGGACAUUCUUUUCGCCCUGACUACCUGAAAGUUGCCCGGUUCGUUCAGGAGAUCAAGGCCGAACGAGUCAUCUGCUUGACAGCCACCGCUACACCACCUGUCGUCAAAGACAUUUGCCAGGCUUUCGACAUUUCCGACAAAGGUGUUUUCAGAACCUCAGUGUAUCGCCCCAAUCUUCGACUCGAAGCCGAGGCCGUCAAGGUCAAGGAUGACAAGUAUGAGCUUCUGUUCAAUUUCCUGAAAACGCAUCCCGGCUCGACACUCAUCUACACGACUCUCCAAAAGCAAGCUGAAGAGCUGGCGGCGCAUCUCACGAAGCAGGGGGUCCCCGCUGCCCACUUCCACGCCGGCAUGAAACUUGAUGAGAAGAGAUUGAUUCAAGAUGAUUUCAUGAGCUCUAAAAUCCAAACGGUAGUUGCAACCAUUGCGUUUGGCAUGGGUAUCGACAAGUCAGACAUUCGAAACAUUAUCCACUGGGAUAUCCCGAGUACCGUCGAGGAGUACUGUCAGCAAGUCGGUCGUGCCGGUCGAGACGGCAAACCAAGCUACUGCAUGCUCUACCUCUGCCGAGAAGACUUUUGGAUCAAAGAGAACUUUGCGCGUGGAGACCUACCGUCCCGCAACUCGUUACGCAACCUCCUCAAAGAAAUAUUCGAUGGCGAUGUUGUCAAACUGCCGCCUGGCGAAACUUUCAAAGUCAGCCACUACAGCCAGUCAUCGCAGUUCGACAUUCGCAUGAGUCCCCUGAGUGUCAUCUACGCUGCGUUGGAGCUCAGGUUCAAUCUCAUUCGCGCGACGACACCCGAGUAUAGCUCUUACAAGUUCGAAGCACAUGGACAAUACUACCCCCGUCUCAAGAGCAUGAACACGCCAGAGAGCAAGGCUAUUCUGAAGCACGCCAAGAAGGCCAAGAAAUUCCACUCGAUUGACCCAACGAAGGUCGCCAACGAUGAGGGUUUACGACGGAACGAAAUCAUCAACCUCCUCAAUGAUCUCAACAACAGUGGUGCUAUCGUCCUCACCGUCGGAGGAGUCGAGCAGAAGUACAAAGUGAUGGACAAGCUACCAAAGACAGACACAGCAAUCGAUGAUCUCACAGACAAGCUCUACGAAGACCUUAAGAGGCGCGAGAAGCAGGCUCUCGAUAGACUCAAAGAUGUCAUCAAUUUCGUCACAGUCUCAAAAUGCUUCGGCCUCUCCAUCGCACAGCACUUCGGCAUGGAUCUUCCAGAGAACAAGAAGAAGUGCGGACACUGCACGUUCUGUCUCAGAGGCGCAGCUGUGAAGCUGCCCCCGUCGUCGCCCAAGCAGGUCGACAGAGCAGCCAUCAACAAGGUACUGACAUCAACAGACAUCCGAGACGAUGCGCGCUUUCUGGCGAGGAUUGCGUUUGGCAUCAAGAGCCCGCGUGUUGGCAAGUUGAAGUUGGACAGGUCUCCAGCGUUCAUGUCAAUGGCAGAUCACGAUUUCGAUGCAAUUUUGAAGGAGUUCAAGAAGGCUUGUCAUGAAAAGGAUGAAUGAUUGAGUGUUUGAAAUACGAAGUUUCAGUCUACAAUCUGUAAGGAAGUAUACAUGGCGCUACCCAGGACGGUGUUAUUGUAAUUGGCAUUGACUGGAGUUCAUUGGGCGACGACGUUCCCCGCGUCGGGGUACUUAUGAUGGCAAACAAUGGGAAUCUUGGGGCUUUGAUGUUAUUGGGAAGUAAUGUGGAAUGGAUCUUGUGUCGCGUACAUAAUUGAGGUCGCAUGUACAUCAAGAUCGGAUCCGUAUCACGCAUGAAUGCGAAUACAACAGCAUGAUUCGGAAACUCAACAGGAUGGGUCUAGAGUGGAAAUGACACGCGUCAGGACAGAAGACAAACAAAUCAACACGUGACCAUCUCCAAUGACCGGAGCAAACCCGAGAACAAGUGUCGCUUUGGCCGUUUCACGUCGCGCGAUCGAUUUAGCCCUUGGAAGCGCAUUUUUAUCGUCCAUCUUAGCCCUGUUUGUGGACUGUUUGACCAAUUCUUAGCAGGGCUGACAUGGUCACUGCACUUGACGGAAAACGAGAUGAGCAAUGCAAGGGUGCACUGUCCAUCGUGCGAUAUUGGCAGGGACCUCGUGUAGCAGUCCAAACACGCAUUCAAAGACGACGGAUUUUUGAAACGGGCAGACCGAUGAUUUGUUCUAGAAACCAACUGAAGGUCGGCCGGUUGCGCUAUUUUCCUUCCAGUGUCAAGUCAAGUCAAGUCACUGCGGCGUCGCCUAAAAAAACGUAAAAAGGAUCCGAAUUGCCGGAAUGGCGUCAUUAUGGCAGAUGAUGUCUGUGAGCAUUUGACCAGAGAUCAAAAGACCUGCGAAUUGGGUGACUGAAGUUGCAUUCACUCUGGUAUCUUGUUUUUCCCUGUUUGGGGUUUCUUUUUGUUCUCUUUUUGGGACGUGGUUGUUUAUGCGGAAUCGUUAAAUGCAGGGGAAAAAACAGGAAAAUGAUGGCGUCAGUGCACUAACAAGCCGACAGGGGAGGCUAUAGCGGUUUUGGUGUAGCUGAAGUCCAUCUCAACAGUGAACAGACGUACAGACGUUGAAUCUCAAGGACCACGUCAGUAUUCACCAAGGGCCCAUCUCGGGGUAACGUUAAUUCAAUCUAUCUCGGACUCAAUCUGGCCCCGACAUUUGAGUUUUUUUAUCUUUUCUAUUUUUAAGAAAGAUUCAGAUACGAGUG